AUGCCAAAUGGAGACAGUCAGGGAAAGAGCUACCAGACUCUACGGCGAUCCAAGAGAAGAUGGGUUAUCACCACCGUCGAGCUGGAGGUAGAAGACCCAGGACCCUUUCCCAAACUCAUUGGUGAGCUGUUCAAUAAUAUGUCUGAUAACAUGUCACUAAUGUAUCUAAUCAGUGGACCCGGUGUGGAUGAAUAUACAGAGAUUGGUUUGUUUUCUCUAAAAGAUCAUGAGAAAGGAAGGAUAUAUAUUCACCGCCCUGUGGAUCGAGAAACAACACCGUCUUUCACGGUUUGUUUUGAUGUUGCGGAUCACUCUACAGGAAAAAUUGUGGAUAAAUCCUUGAUUUUCAACAUUAGGAUCAGUGAUGUGAAUAAUCAUGCACCCCAGUUUCCAGAGAAGGAAUUUAACAUCAUUGUGCAAGAAAGCCAGUCUGCAGGUCAACCUAUUUUUCAGAUGUUAGCAGUUGAUUUGGAUGAAGAAAACACUCCAAAUUCUCAAGUCCUUUACUUCCUUGUUUCUCAAACACCACUACUGAAAGAAAGUGGUUUCCGGGUUGAUCAUGUUAGUGGAGAAAUAUGACUCUCCGGAUACUUAGGUUAUGAGACUGCUCCUCAGUUUACACUGCUAAUCAGAGCCAGGGACUGUGGAGAACCAUCACUGUCAUCCACGGCCACCGUUCAUGUGGACGUGCAGGAAGGCAACAACCACAGGCCCGCAUUUACCCAGGAGAACUAUAAGGUUCAGAUUCCUGAAGGCCGAGUCAGCCAGGGCGUGCUGCGUCUCCUGGUUCAAGAUCGAGAUUCUCCAUUUACAUCAGCUUGGAGAGUCAAGUUCAACAUCUUGCGUGGCAAUGAGGAGGGACAUUUUGACAUUUCGACUGACCCUGAGACCAACAAAGGGGUAUUACAUGUUAUCAAGCCUUUGGAUUAUGAGACUCGCGCAGUGCAAAGCCUCGUCAUUGCCGUGGACAAUGAGGAGCAGCUCUUCUUCUGUGAGAGGGGAAAGCUUCAGCUGCCAAAGAAGGCCACAGCAAGUGCCACUGUGAGUGUGCAGGUGGCAGAUGCCAAUGACCCACCAGCCUUUCACCCCCAGAGCUUCAUUGUCAGUAAAGAGGAGGACGCUGGACCUGGGACCCUGUUGGGAACUUUUAAUGCUAUGGAUCCAGACAGCCAGAUAAGAUAUAAACUGAUUCAUGACCCAGCAAAUUGGGUCAGUGUUGAUUAAAACUCUGGAGUGGUCACCACCGUGGAGUCAAUUGACCGAGAAGCCCCUCCUGUAAAUGACAGUUUUUAUAUGAUCAUUGUUCACGCUGUUGAUGAUGGCCUCCCACCGCAGACUGCUACGGGGACCCUAAUGCUCUUCCUGUCUGACACCAAUGACAACGCCCCGACUCUCCCGCCCCAUUCCCGCUACAUGCAGGUCUGUGAGUCUGCCGUGCAUGAGCCCCUCCACGUCGAGGCAGAGGAUCCGGACCUGGAGCCCUUCUCGGACCCAUUUACAUCUGAACUGGACAACACCUGGGGAAAUGCAGAGGACACGUGGAAGUUGGGGAAAAAUUGGGGUCAGUCAGUUGAACUUUUAAUCCUGAGGAGCCUGCCACAUGGUAAUUACUUAGUGCCACUCUUCAUUGGCGACAAACAGGGACUUUCCCAGAAGCAAACUGUCCAUGUGGGGGUCUGCCCCUGUGCCAGUGGGCUCACGUGUGUGGAGCAUGCAGAUGCAGGAGUGGGGCUUCUUGUGGGGGUUCUGUCCCCUGUGUGUGCAGCAUUUGUGGCUCUGGCAGUGGCUCCGCUUUUCCUGCUGCGAUACUGUUUUGUGCUUGAAUCCAAGAGGCGUGGAUGCUCAAUCUCCAAUGGCAAAGGCCACCAAACACUGGUCGCGUAUAAUGAGGAGAGCAAAGCCACUUCAGCCCAGACAUGGUCAGAUGUUGAAGGCCAGAGGCCGGCUCUGCUGAUUUGCAUGGCUGCAGCGACAGCCACACAGGGAGCUAAGGAUCUCUAGGAAGUGCCUCUGUCUGCACCGAGUAGGCCAGCCCAAGCACGCUCUGCUCUGGGGAGUUGGGUGAGUUAUGGAGAGCUCUUUGAGCCAACAGGUGUGAAAAACAUAUAUUCUACUCCCAUAAGUACAGAUGCUUACCCAGAUUCCACAGUGCACAGACAGCUCCUGGCACUGGUGGAAGGAAGGAUGGCCGAGACACUGAGUCAGAAGCUCCAUGUUGGGGAUGUGCUGGAAGACGACCCCAGCUACCUGCCUCAUGUCUGCAGUGAGGUGGGGGAGUGUGGAGGGGCCCCAUCCCUCAGCUCUCUGGCCAGCUCAGAACAAGAGCUGCCUCCUGAUUAGCUGGACUCUUUGGGCUCAAAAGCGACGCCAUUCGAGGAAAUACAUUCAGAGUCAGGCGUUCCUUUCUAA